CAGUAAUCAGUAGAAGAGCUUCGAAAAAGGCUGGGGGAAGUACUAAAAACCAUGGAAAUGCAAGACGUAAACGUAGAGGAAUUCGUGUUCAAGAUGGUAGAUUUGUUCAAAAAGGAACAAUACUUGUUCUUCAAAGAUAUCUAAUAUUUCACCCUGGAUUAAAUGUGGGGUUUGGUAGAAAUGGUACAUUAUUUGCAAUGGUUCCCGGCACUGUGAGAGUAACAUGUGAGAAACCUGACCUGAACAUGGAUCAUUCUUGGGUCAGACAGACAUAUGGAGGAAGAAGUGUUGAGAACAUGUACAAGAAAUAUUUUAAUGUAUUGCCAGAGAAACAACACCAAAGAUUCAAGUUGCUUGAUAAAAUAUAAUUAUUAUUUUUAGUCUUGUAGUAAAUAAAUUCAACAAAUGUU